AUGUCGGAAGCAGCCAAAUCGUCCUCCGCGCAAGGCGUUGUGACGCUCGAAAUGAUCAACGUGCUGCAGCAGCAGGUGUUAGACAACAAUCCGAUCUACAAGUAUCUCUUGUCUGAUCUGGUCAUCAAAACCGUCUCCCCCGGAUACAUCGAAGCGCACGUGCCCGUCACCUCCACUCUGAUGAACAGCAAAAACAUCCUGCACGGCUCAACAUCCGCAACCAUCGUCGACUGGAUUGGCGGCCUGGUCAUCGCCUCGACCUCGCCGGACCGCUUCAAGAACCGUGGCGUAUCGGUUGACAUCCACGCGACGUACGUGGGGGCGGCGAAGCAGGGCGAUCUUCUCAUCAUCAAGGGCAAGGCCAACAAGGUCGGGCGGAAUCUGGCGUUUAUCGAUGUGCAGAUCUUGGGGAGGAAGCCCGGCGCGAGCGAGACGGGCGAGGAUGAUAGAGUGGUAGUUACGGGCACUCAUACCAAGUUUGUUGGUUAG